AUGUUCACGACUUACCGCACACCAGUAAGCUACUAUUCUGUGCUUCUUGAGUUGGGCACCCAAACCCGUUUCCUACAAAUCAUUAACACCAUUAUGACUUUGAAUCAGGAGGCGCAAAAUGUCACAAAACUGUUGGAGAAGUUAGUUGCACAGAAUAAGCAUAAGUCGAGAUAUGGCAGUGAUAUUUGGAUGCCAUAUACGCCACGGGAAUACGAGCAGCUGAAUUUGUUGCGUCUGUUGUAUGGUCGCCUUUAUAAGGCGUAUGGCUGUGCGGAUGAUUGUUUUGCUUGGUGCAUUCUUCUAUUUAUAAUGGAAAAGUUUUUUUUCCUUGUCUGUAAUUUAUAUUGGUGCGCACAGAUGUUUUUCGAAGAGCCAACAAUUUUUAAAAUAUUCUACAACUUAUCGUCAACGCUGAAAGCAGGAUUCCAAAUAGUGGUGCUGUGUGCGAUAAGUUCUGAAGUGGAAAACUAUAGUCGCUAUAUUGGCUGUCUCAUUUCCAGGCUGCCGAAACCAUUGGGUAAUAAGCCAUACAAUGAUCUCGUUACAAACUUCUCAAUUCAAACACUUCACCAGCAAUUCUCCAUAAAAGCUAAGCAUUUUUGCGUUUUAAAUCGAACGCUUCUGGGCAGCGUAAGUGUGCGAUUAUCACCUACUCUGUCAUACUCAUUCAGUUUCUGCUUGGUGAGAAGUAGAACACAAUUUAAAAUGAGCCGUCAAAUUGGUUGUAAUAUGUAUAAACUCAUCAAACCGUCGGGUAAUAAGAGUUACAAUGAAUUGGUCACUGAUUUUUCGCUGCAAGUGUUACAUCAAGAAUACACCAUUACGGCUAAAGAAUUCUUCAAUUUGAAUCUCAAUCUUUUGGGCAGUAUGAUUGCAUCCACUGUCACUUACCUGGUCAUACUCGUACAGUUCAUGUUCGCUGACAAGAAUAAAGCUGAGCCAAAACUGAUUGUGAAUAGCUUUGUGAACUCUGGAAAUACCACCAUAAGAACGAGCGAGUAGAAGCAUUUUAAAAAUUUGAUAAUUUCAGAAUAAUUACAAGAAUAAAUGUAAUUUUUGAGAAUU